AUGGCGGGCCUCCUGCCCCUUCCAGGGCGGAGCUCUGCCUGUCGGGAUGGCACGUGGCAGGCCCAGCAGGCCGAGUCUGCCCUGAACCAUGGCAGGCUCCCCUUCCGCCGUGUUCUGAGCUCACAAGGAGUAUUGAGCUCACUGUGGAGAUGGACCCUUCUCCCCUCUCGGCCUCCCAUCCGCUCCCGUCGUUUCUGGUACCGAGGCUUCAUCCUGCUGCUCACCUUCCUCAUCUACACGUGUUAUCACAUGUCCAGGAAGCCCAUCAGCGUGGUGAAGAGCCGCCUGCACCAGAACUGCUCAGGGAUCAUCCAGCCCCCCAAUGCCACCCACAGUCCCAACGACACCACGUGGUGCAGCUGGCCUCCGUUUGACCAGGACAACUACAAGGAGCUGCUGGGCGCCGUGGACAACGCCUUCCUGGUGGCCUAUGCCAUCGGCAUGUUCAUCAGUGGGAUUUUCGGGGAGCGGCUCCCCCUUCGUUACUACCUGUCGGCCGGAAUGCUGCUCAGUGGCCUCUUCACCUCGCUCUUUGGCCUGGGGUAUUUCUGGGACAUCCACGUGCUCUGGUACUUCGUGCUCAUUCAGAUCUGCAAUGGACUCGUCCAGACCACAGGCUGGCCCUCGGUUGUGACCUGCGUGGGCAACUGGUUUGGGAAGGGGAGGCGGGGGCUCAUCAUGGGCAUCUGGAAUUCCCACACCUCUGUGGGCAACAUCCUGGGCUCCCUGAUCGCCGGCAUCUGGGUGAGCGAGCGCUGGGGCCUGUCCUUCGUGGUCCCGGGCAUCAUCACUGCUGUCAUGGGCAUCGUCACCUUCUUCUUUCUCAUCGAGUACCCAGAGGAUGUGGACUGCACCACCCCUCAGCACCACGGGGAGUCGGAAGAGAAGCAGGACAGCCCUGAGGACCCGGGGAACAACCCCUACUGUCACCAGGAGAGCAGCCUGGAGGCAGCCGCCGGAUGCUCCAAGGAGCCAAGCGCUCAGCCCGCUGCCAUCAGCUUUUGGGGGGCACUCAUGAUCCCGGGUGUGAUCGAGUUCUCUCUGUGUCUGCUCUUUGCCAAGCUGGUCAGCUACACCUUCCUCUACUGGCUGCCCCUCUACAUCUUCAAUGUGGCUCACUUCAGUGCCAAGGAGGCGGGCGACCUGUCCACGCUCUUCGACGUCGGUGGCAUCACAGGUGGCAUCCUGGCGGGGCUCAUCUCCGACUACACCAAUGGCAGGGCCACCACCUGCUGCGUCAUGCUGAUCUUGGCCGCCCCCAUGUUGUUCCUGUACAACCACUUCGGCCAGAGCGGGAUUGCUAGCUCCAUAGUAAUGCUGAUCAUCUGCGGGGCCCUGGUCAAUGGCCCUUACGCGCUCAUCACCACUGCUGUCUCCGCCGACCUUGGGACACACCAGAGCCUGAAAGGCAACUCAAAGGCCCUGUCCACCGUCACGGCCAUCAUCGACGGCACCGGCUCCAUAGGUGCGGCUCUGGGGCCUCUGCUGGCCGGGCUCAUCUCGCCCACGGGCUGGAACAACGUCUUCUACAUGCUCAUCUCUGCUGACAUCCUGGCCUGCUUGCUCCUCUGCCGGCUGGUGUACAAAGAGAUCCUGGCCUGCAAGUCACACCUGAGCCCAGGCACCGGCUCUUGUCUCGCCUUAACCCACACGCAGUAGUCGUUCCCUCACGCCCCAUGACUUUUGUAUAAAGAAAUAUGAGGCCCCAAUUGGAAAAGAAGCGUGGAGGGCCCCAGAGUGCUCCCCCUGGCAAGACCAUUGAAACUGCGGGAGGCUGAGACAAUGCCUCCUGAUCUAACACCGGCCCUCCCAGCACACGGGGACCCUGCGGGGCUGGGGGAGUCUCCGUGGGAAGAGGCCGGCCAGGCGGAAGGCGUCUCCAUCCUGCAGAGGGAAACACCUGCUCAGACUCCUGCUGGUUCAGAUCCCAGGACCGAGGCCGAGGCUGCCCAGGGCCAAGGUGGGAAAAGGCAGGUCUCUCCUUCCCGUGUGGAAUUGGACUUCUGUGGUCAGCUUGUACCGACAGAUGGGAUUCUGACCCGGUUUCGGGGCAGCCCAGCCUCUCUUCGUCCCGUUGUUCACAAGCCAUUUAUCGCCAUUUGAACCUGUUCCUAACUCCUGACUCAUUUGGGGUAAAGCACCGUUACUGUAUCCGGGGUCAGGACUGGGGGAGGUCCCGAAGGCGUCAUUCUUGGGCCUCCUUUGCCUCACCCUUGUCCCAGCCUCUAUGUCUCGAGUAGAGACCACACAUCAGGGCAGUGCUGUGGGGAGUGGGAGCCAGGACUGAAAAUACCAGUGUGUAUGUGUUGUUUUUUAUAUAUAUUUUUAUUGACUUCAGAGAGGAAGGGAGAGGGAGGGAGAGAGAGAUGGAAACAUCAAUG